AUGAUUGAAUCUGAGCGAUUAACGUUUGUUCUAACGCAACAAAAGAAAUUGCGUGCUGAAAUCUAUAGCGGGUUAGAGGAGGCCGUUCUACGUGGUGAAAUCGAUAGUUCCAGACAUGGAAAACUUGUUAUAUUGCCUUCUAGUUUUGUUGGUGGUGCUCGGGGUCUAAAAUCAGAUGAUCGCCCUGAUAUCGUUAGUAGAAUGUUUAAAGUGAAGUUGGAUGGUUUCAUAAGGGAUGUUAAGACUAAGAAAUAUUUGGAGCUGUUAAAGCAGGGAGCUACAUGCUAUGAGGAUCUUAGAUUUGUUAAUGGUGUUCAGCAUGAUACGUUUAGAGAUGCGUGCUUCGCUUUAGGAUUGUUGGAUGACGAUAAAGAGUAUAUUGAUGGAAUUGUUGAGGCUUCUUUUUGGUCAUCUGCCCAUUCAUUGAGAUUGUUAUUUGUAAGUCUGUUGUCAUCGGAAUCUGUAUCUCGAUCGGAUGUUGUAAGGAAAAAGUAUUUGGUGCUGAGUGAUGAUGAAAUUCAGAAUUUUGUGUUGGCUGACAUUGAGAAAUUGUUAAUGAACGUUGGUAAAGGUUUGCGUGACUACCAUGGUAUGCCGUAUCCAGAAUCGCAGUAUUUUGAAACAUUUCAGAAUACAUUGAUCAGCGAUGAGUUGUCUUAUGAUCGUGAAGCAUUAGGAAGAGAGCACUUGGAAUUUCAUUCAAAGUUCACUAAUGAGCAACUUCAUGUUCAUGAUACCAUAAUGUCGUCUGUGAAUUCUACUGAAGGAAAAAUAUUUUUUGUUUAUGGUUAUGGAGUGAGUCCAGUAUGGACAAACCGUUUGGUUGGAAAACUAGUUUUUGGUGGUGAUUUUAGGCAAAUUUUACCUGUUGUUCCUAAAGGGAGUCGGAAAAAUGUUGUGAAUGCCACCAUUAACUCAUCAUAUCUUUGGAGGAGUUGUACAGUGUUGAGGUUGACCAGAAACAUGAGACUUUUGAGUGUUGAAUCUUCUGUUGAAGCUUCUAAGUUGAAGGAAUUUUCAUCUUGGGUUGCUUCUAUAGGUGAUGGAGUUGUUGGUGGUCCGAAUGAUGGUGAUGUCGCAAUUGAUCUUCCCUCUGACAUUGUUUUGUCUAAUGUUGGAGAUCCUCUUAAAACCAUUGUUGAAAACAUAUACCCUUCAUGUAUGGAUUCUGAAGAGUUGAGCAAUUGUUUGUAUGAUCGUGCUAUACUUGGUCCCACGCUUGAUGUUGUUGAUGAGGUUAACCAAUUCAUGAUUUCAAUGGAUAAAUCUCAAGGGCGGGUAUAUUUGAGCUCUGAUAGCAUUUCAAAUUCAGAUUCCACUUCAAAUGGUUCUGCUGAGAUUCAUUCUGUUGAAUUUUUGAAUAAUUUGAAAUGUUCAGGUGAUUAUGUUUUGGAGGCCCGUGUCUUGGGUGGGCAUAAUUUAGGUGAUAAGAGUCACAAGUCGUGA